GUUAUUUCAGUCUCUUGCCAGUGACGUCUGAUGACCAGCAAAUUCCAUUGUCCACCACAGUGCUGAAAAGAUUCUCUGACAUCCCAGCAGCAGCACAGCUGACAGAGGCUUGGCUUGCACUCUGCUGUAGACCCUGGACAGGAGCGAUGCCUCCAGGCAGGUGGUAUGCUGUGCGCCCAGCUCAGGCCCAGGCUUCAAGAGAGCGAGGGCGCCUUCAGAUGGUAAAGAAGGAAGAAGAGGGUGAAGGCUGCACUUCUGUGCAGGCUCCUAGGCCCCAGACGCUGAACCGUCCUGGCCAGGAGCUGUUCCGCCAGCUCUUCAGACAGCUUCGCUACCACGAAUCUUCUGGGCCCCUGGAGACUCUGAGCCGGCUCCGGGAGCUGUGCCGCUGGUGGCUGAGGCCCGACAUUCUGUCUAAGGCCCAGAUCCUGGAGCUGCUGGUGCUGGAGCAGUUCCUGAGCAUCCUGCCCAGCGAGCUCCGGACCUGGGUGCAGCUGCAUCACCCUGAGAGUGGUGGGAAGGCUGCGGCCCUGCUGGAAGAGCUGCGGAGAGACUUCAGUGGGACACCAUUGAAGGACACAGCACCUGCCCAGAGCCCAGAUGUGUGUUGGAUGGGUACAGGAGCCCUGCGAGCCGAGCAGAUAUGGCCCUCUGCUUCACCUCCCAGGAACGGCUCUGCUCUGGGGGACCACCUGGAGCCUUCCUGUGAAACAGGGGUGCAUGACUUCCUGACUGGGCAAUCCGAUCCUCCUGCUGCACAGGUGCCUGCCCUUUCCCAGGGAGAGGGGUGCCCAGGAGAUGCGGUGGCAGCCCAGCCUCAGGAGGCUCUGACUUUCAAGGAUGUGGAGGUGACCUUCUCCCAGGAUGAGUGGGGGUGGCUGGACCCUGCUCAGAGGAACCUCUACAGGGAUGUGAUGCUGGAGAACUAUGGGAACCUGGCUUCUCUGGUGGGGCCUCUCACCAAACCUGCUCUGAUCUCCUGGCUGGAGGCAAGGGAGCCGUGGGGCCUGAAGGUGGAGGCAGCUCAGCCUAAGGGGAAUCCAGGUGCUGCCCCUGCAGGUGAGACUCAGAUGGAGAAUUCAGAGUUACCUCCAAGGCAGGAGAUUUCCAAAGGAUCAGAGUCAUCUGAUGGGACAUCAGGAGGCCUAUAUGGGGAGGUUCCUGGGGGACCAGGAGAUGGAAAUGCCUGUGAAGAUGCUUUAGGGAAGCUAGAAGCACAACCCUCAGAGGAGGAAGGGAGCAGACUGCAAAGUGAUUUCCUGGAAAUAACACAUGAAUAUAAAAACAAAUCCCCAAAAGAUGGAUGUGAUGACUAUAAGGACCUUGGGGAACAUCAGAAUAUGUCCUGCAGUCCUGCAGAACAUCAGAUUCUGAGGGCGCAGAAAUUCUUUCAAUGUGAUGACUGUGGUAAAGCUUUCAAUCGGAGUUCACACCUUACAGGCCAUCAGAGAAUCCACACUGGAGAGAAACCCUAUGAGUGUAAUGAGUGUGGUAAAGCCUUCAGGCAGACCUCUCAGCUCAUAGUUCAUUUUAGAACCCACACAGGGGAAAAGCCCUAUGAAUGCAGCAAGUGUGGGAAGACCUAUAGACACAGCUCCCAUCUCAUUCAACACCAGAGACUUCAUAAUGGGGAGAAACCAUAUAAAUGUAAUGAAUGUGCAAAAGCUUUCAGUGAGAGUUACAAACUCUAUGACCACCAGAGAACCCAUACUGGGGAGAAACCUUAUGAAUGCAAUGAGUGUGGAGCGGCCUUUACUCGGAAUAAAAAUCUUCUCCGACAUCAGGUAAUUCAUACUGGUAAGAAACCUUACAAGUGUAAUGAAUGUGGGAAAGCUUUCUGUUUUAAUAGAAAUCUUAUUGACCAUCAGAGAAUUCACACUGGGGAGAAGCCUUAUGAGUGCAAUGAGUGUGGCAAGGCCUUCUGUCAGAAUAAAAGUCUUAUUCGACAUCAGCAACUCCACACUGAGGAAAGACCAUACAAAUGCAGGGAGUGUGGGAAAGCCUUCAAUCAGAACUCUCAACUUGUUGACCAUGAGCGAAUUCACACUGGGGAAAAACCUUUUGAAUGUAAUGAGUGUGGUAAGGCAUUCAGCUUAAGUAAAUGUCUUACUCAGCAUCAAAGACUUCACACAGGUGAAAAGCCCUAUCAAUGCACUAAGUGUGGAAAAUCCUUCAGUCAAAACUCAUACCUCAUUAUACACCAGAGAAUUCACACUGGGGAGAAACCUUAUGAAUGUAAUGAAUGUGGGAAGGUCUUCAGCCAUAAUGCUAGCCUUAUGGUACACCAAAGAACCCAUACUGGGGAGAAACCCUAUAAAUGCAAUGACUGUGGUAAAGCUUUUAGUGACAGUUCACAGCUUACUGUGCACCAGAGAGUUCAUACUGGUGAGAAACCUUAUGAAUGUAAUGAAUGUGGGAAGGUCUUCAGUUACAGCUCCAGUCUAAUGGUACAUCAAAGAACCCAUACUGGGGAGAAACCCUAUAAAUGCAAUGAUUGUGGGAAAGCCUUUAGUGACAGCUCACAGGUCACUGUGCACCAGAGAGUGCACACUGGUGAGAAACCUUAUGAAUGUACUGAGUGUGGGAAAACCUUCAGUCAGCGUUCAACUUUGAAUCACCAUCAGCAAAUUCACACUAGAAAGAAGGCACAGAAAUUCUUUCAAUGUGAUGAUUGUGGUAAAGCUUUCAACUGGAGUUCACACCUCAUUGGCCAUCAGAGAAUCCACACUGGAGAGAAACCCUAUGAGUGUAAUGAGUGUGGUAAAGCCUUCAGGCAGACCUCUCAGCUCAUGGUUCAUCUCAGAACCCACACAGGCGAAAAGCCCUAUGAAUGCAGCAAGUGUGGGAAGGCCUAUAGACACAGCUCCCAUCUCAUUCAACACCAGAGACUUCAUAAUGGGGAGAAACCAUAUAAAUGUAAUGAAUGUGCAAAAGCUUUCAGUGAGAGUUACAAACUCUAUGACCACCAGAGAACCCAUACUGGGGAGAAACCUUAUGAAUGCAAUGAGUGUGGAGCGGCCUUUACUCGGAAUAAAAAUCUUCUCCGACAUCAGGUAAUUCAUACUGGUAAGAAACCUUACAAGUGUAAUGAAUGUGGGAAAGCUUUCUGUUCUAAUAGAAAUCUUAUUGACCAUCAGAGAAUUCACACUGGGGAGAAGCCUUAUGACUCCCAUCUCAUUCAACACCAGAGACUUCAUAAUGGGGAGAAACCAUAUAAAUGUAAUGAAUGUGCAAAAGCUUUCAGUGAGAGUUACAAACUCUAUGACCACCAGAGAACCCAUACUGGGGAGAAACCUUAUGAAUGCAAUGAGUGUGGAGCGGCCUUUACUCGGAAUAAAAAUCUUCUCCGACAUCAGGUAAUUCAUACUGGUAAGAAACCCUACAAGUGUAAUGAAUGUGGGAAAGCUUUCUGUUCUAAUAGAAAUCUUAUUGACCAUCAGAGAAUUCACACUGGGGAGAAGCCUUAUGAGUGUAGUGAGUGUGGCAAAUCCUUCAGUCGGAAUAAAAGUCUUAUUCGACAUCAGCAACUCCACACUGAGGAAAGACCAUACAAAUGCAGGGAGUGUGGGAAAGCCUUCAAUCAGAACUCUCAACUUGUUGACCAUGAGCGAAUUCACACUGGGGAAAAACCUUUUGAAUGUAAUGAGUGUGGUAAGGCAUUCAGCCUGAGUAAAUGUCUUAUUAGACAUGAGAGACUUCACACAGGUGAAAAGCCCUAUCAGUGCACUGAGUGUGGAAAAUCCUUUAAUCAAAACUCAUACCUCAUUAUACACCAGAGAAUUCACACUGGGGAGAAACCUUAUGAAUGUAAUGAAUGUGGGAAAGCCUUCAGUCAUAAUUCUAGCCUUAUGGUACACCAAAGAACCCAUACUGGGGAGAAACCCUAUAAAUGCAAUGACUGUGGGAAAGCCUUUAGUGACAGCUCACAGCUUACUGUGCACCAGAGAGUUCACACUGGGGAGAAACCCUAUGAAUGUAUUGAGUGUGGGAAAGCCUUCAGUCAGCGUUCCACUUUUAAUCAUCACCAGCGAACUCACACUAUGAAGAAGCUCUCAGGUCUGGCUCAAUCAGUUUCAUAAGGUGUAAGUUUCCAAGACAGAGGGCAAGGAACAUGGAAUUAUGCUUUCUUUAUAAUAAGGACGUUUGCUCUGAUUCUUUCUUGGGACCACUAAUCAAAAUGGGCCAUUCCCUACAUGCUCUCUGUUAGCUCCUGAAGGCAGAGAUUGGGAGGAAUUGUGCAUUCCUUUCCCACUAUUGGGGAAGUAUAGAUGCACAUUUUCUGUACUCGUAGGGUUUUUUUUCUCAUUCUCAUUUUCUGUCUAAACAUCUAUGUUAUUUCUUUGUCAUGUGUCCUGUAAUCAGAGUGUGUGCUUCUCAGGGACAGAGGUGAUGUAUAUCUUCCUUAUCCUAUUCCACAUCCUUCAUUUCGCUGUUUGCAUAAAGUAAUUCUCCAAGACUGAUUUGCUCUUCCUCCCUCUCUCUUUUUAAAAAAUUUUUAUGAGUUUUAUUUGAGCCAAUCUGACAACAUGAUGGAAGCGGUAUCUCCAAUGUUCUCCUCUUUUUCUCUUUAGUAUGGCUCUUUUAAAAUUCAUCACUUGUUAAAUAGAUAAUGUUUAAUAACUCCAAUUGAACCAUUUUUUAAAAUAUGUUUUUUAUUGAUUUUUAGAACAAGAGGGAGAGGGAGA